UCGUGGGACGCGGAAAUAGAAUGGUGUUUCUCCAGGGCAGUUUUUGUUGCCGGAAUUGGGUCCGUAAGGUCUGUGUAGAGCUGGGGAACAUCAGGAACUGACUGGCAGUGUUGACAUCUACAGGAUAUAUUUGUGUGGUAGUAAUGGAGCUGGCACACAGUCUUUUACUAAAUGAAGAAGCACUGGCACAAAUUACUGAAGCUAAGAGGCCUGUCUUUAUCUUUGAGUGGCUACGCUUUUUGGACAAAGUGAUAGUUGCUGCCAAUAAGGUGGAUGUCAAGGAAAAACAGAAGAAAUUGGUGGAACAGCUCACAGGACUGAUAAGCACUGCUCCAGGCCCUCCUACAAGAAAGCUGCUGGCAAAGAAUCUUGCAACUCUGUAUAGUAUUGGUGACACUUUCACUGUUUUUCAGACCUUGGACAAGUGCAAUGAACUUAUUAAGAGUAAAGAUGACACACCGGCAUAUUUACCUACCAAACUGGCAGCUGUGGCAUGUGUUGGAGCUUUUUAUGAGAAGAUGGGCAGAAUGUUGGGCAGCUCCUUCCCUGAGACAGUAAAUAACCUUUUAAAAGCUCUAAAAAAUGCAGAGUCACAGGGUCGUAGUGAGAUACUUCUGAGUUUGCAGAAGGUAUUAAAUGGUCUGGGUGGUGCUGCUGCUUCUUGCCAUAGAGAUAUUUACAAGAAUGCACGUUCUCUUCUAACAGACCGAUCCAUGGCUGUGCGCUGUGCUGUGGCCAAGUGUUUGCUGGAACUACAGAAUGAAGCUGUCUUCAUGUGGACAACGGAGCUAGAAAAUGUUUCUACAUUGUGUUUCAGGGCUCUAGAAGCUUCAAACUAUGGAGUGCGUGUAUCUGUAUCUAAGCUACUUGGAACAGUUAUGGCUACAGCUUUGAUGCCGAAGCAAGCAGCAGUCAUGCGUCAGAAUGUGAAGCGUGCUUCCCUGGAAGAAGUCCUGGAACUGUUGGCCACUGGGUUUCUCCGUGGAGGAUCUGGAUUUUUGAAAAGUGGGGGAGAAAUGCUAAAAGGCGGGUCUAUCAACAGAGAAGUUCGAGUUGGAGUCACGCAGGCAUAUGUUAUUUUUGUUACAAAACUAGGUGGCCAGUGGUUGGAGCGUAAUUUUGCUACCUUUUUGUCGCACGUACUGGAACUAGUUUCUCACCCUCGUGCUACUCAGAGUCAUGUAGAUGCAGUGUAUUCCCGGAGAUGUGUUUCCUUUAUCUUAAGAGCUACUGUGGGGAGUCUACUAGGAGAAAAAGCUCAGAUUGCAGCUGCCAAGGAGAUCUGCCAAGCAAUUGCUAAACAAAUGAGAGCAGUAGAGGCUGUAGUAAAUGAGGCCAACAAUGAAAACAAGCCAGGAAAUUCUGAUGCUUCUGCAACCCAGCAUAUGAUGGUAUGUGCCCUGCAAGAACUGGGUAGUUUGGUCCAGAGUCUGAAUGCUACAGCAUCUCCUCUCAUUCAAGAACCGUCUGUUGGGCUGCUAGAGACUGUGACUUCAGUCCUUCUUCACCCCAGCAUGGCGGCUAGGCUUGCUGCAGCUUGGUGUUUGCGCUGUGUGGCUAUGGCACUUCCUUUCCAGCUCACACCACUACUUGACAGAUAUGCUGAAAGGCUCAACACUUUGAAGACCUCCCCUGAGGCAGUUAGUGGUUAUAGCUUUGCCAUGGCAGCCUUACUUGGAGGUGUGCACGAGUGCCCUUUGGGAAUUCCACAUGCAAAAGGAAAGAUGGUUGUUAGUAUAGCAGAGGAUUUACUAAGAACAGCUGCACAAAAUAGCAGGUUAUCAUUACAGCGCACUCAAGCUGGUUGGCUUUUGCUUGGUGCCCUCAUGACUUUAGGCCCAUCAGUAGUUCGUUACCACCUGCCUAAAAUGUUGCUGCUGUGGCGAAAUGUCUUUCCUCGUUCCCUCAAGGAACUGGAAGCAGAAAAGGCUCGAGGGGAUUCAUUCACUUGGCAGGUUACUUUGGAAGGUCGUGCUGGAGCACUUUGUGCAAUGAGGAGUUUUGUUGCACAUUGUCCAGAACUUCUCACCGAGGAUGUUAUCAGAAAAUUAAUGACACCCAUUGAAUGUGCCAUGACAAUGAUGUCUCACAUUCCAUCUGUCAUCAAAUCUCAUGGAGCUCUCCUCAAGGCCAGUGCUGCAAUGGUCCGAUUAAGACUGUAUGACAUUUUGGCUUUGUUACCUCCAAAGACUUACGAAGGUUUUUUCAAUGCUUUACUCCGUGAACUGGUUGCUGAAUUUACUUUAACAGACAAUUCAGGCAAUACAACUACAUCCCUGCUGCGAUCUCUUUGCCAUUACGAUGACAGUGUGCUUCUUGGCUCAUGGCUUCAAGAAACUGAUCACAAAUCUAUCGAAGAUCAGCUACAGCCAAACAGUGCAUCAGGAAGUGGUGCUUUGGAGCAUGACCCAUCUUCAAUUUACUUGAGAGUCCCUGUUGGUGAAGCUGUUCCUGGACCUCUGCCUUUGGGUGUAUCUGUCAUUGAUGCUUCCGUAGCACUUUUUGGUGUGGUCUUUCCUCACGUUUCAUACAAGCACAGGCUGCAGAUGUUGGAUCAUUUUGCUGAAUGCAUCAAACAAGCAAAAGGACUUCGGCAGCAGGCAGUACAGCUCAACAUUUUUACUGCUGUUCUCAGUGCAUUAAAAGGUUUAGCAGAAAACAAGAGCACUUUGGGUCCAGAAGAGGUCCGAAAAUCUGCUCUUGCAUUGGUGAUGGGAGCUCUAGAUAACCCGAAUCCCAUUUUGAGAUGUGCAGCAGGAGAAGCCCUUGGUAGAAUGGCCCAGGUUGUGGGAGAAGCAGCUUUCAUUGCCCGGAUGGCUCAGUACAGCUUUGACAAGCUUAAAUCUGCCAGAGAUGUUGUAUCUCGAACAGGUCAUUCCCUAGCUCUUGGUUGUCUUCAUCGAUAUGUUGGUGGUAUUGGCUCUGGGCAACAUUUGAAGACCAGUGUUAGCAUACUUUUGGCUCUUGCACAAGAUGGAACUUCCCCAGAAGUCCAGACCUGGGCUCUGCACUCUCUGGCACUUAUAGUAGAUUCCAGUGGACCAAUGUAUCGUGGUUAUGUAGAACCAACUCUGUCAUUAGUGUUGACCCUACUGCUGACAGUUCCCCCAUCUCACACAGAAGUACAUCAGUGUUUGGGCAGAUGUCUUGGAGCUUUAAUAACUACUGUGGGACCUGAAAUGCAAGGAAAUGGGCCGACAGUUUCUACGAUCCGUUCAUCUUGUCUGGUUGGCUGUGCAAUCAUGCAGGACCACUCUGAUUCCCUUGUUCAAGCAGCAGCCAUAUCCUGCCUGCAGCAGCUUCACAUGUUUGCACCACGUCAUGUCAACUUAUCUAGCUUAGUCCCUAGUCUUUGUGUUCACUUGUGCAGUUCCCACUUGCUACUUCGACGUGCAGCUGUUGCAUGCCUGCGGCAGCUUGUACAGAGGGAAGCAGCAGAGGUUUGCGAAUAUGCUAUGAUUAUGGUGAAGAAUGCCGGUGAGAAACAGAACAAUGGAAUAAAUGUGAACCUUACUGAGACAGGCCUUGAAGGGAUGCUGUUUGGCAUGCUGGAUCGAGAGACUGACCGUAAACUGUGUUCUGACAUUCAUGAUACUUUGGGACAUAUGCUUUCCUCACUUGCUGUUGAAAAGCUGUCACACUGGCUGUCGUUAUGUAAGGAUGUCUUAGCAGCCUCUACUGAUAUUAGUACAACAGCACCAUUUGAUGAAAUGAAGGAUGAAGAAUCUGAGAAAAAAGAUGAAAUGGAUGAUGAUACAAUGUUCACCACAUUAGGAGAAGAUGACAAAUCAAAGCCUUCAGUUGCUCCUCGCUGGCUGACUCGUGUCUUUGCUGCAGACUGUGUGUGUCGUAUCAUCACACUUUGUGAGAACAUGGAGAAGGCUCACUUUGACCUGGCCAUAGCACGUGCAUCCAGGCUGAAGAACCCAAAAAGUGAUUUUCUUGUUCUUCGCCUCUCUGAUCUUAUUCGGAUGGCAUUUAUGGCAGCAACAGAUCAUAGCAAUCAGUUGCGAAUGGCUGGACUGCAGGCACUUGAGGACAUCAUCAGAAAGUUUGCCGCCAUUCCAGAACCUGAGUUUCCAGGGCAUGUGAUAUUGGAGCAGUACCAGGCUAAUGUGGGUGCUGCCCUGAGACCUGCAUUUUCACAAGAUACACCUUCCGACAUUACAGCUAAGGCCUGUCAGGUGUGCAGUGCGUGGAUUGGAAGUGGUGUUGUCAGUGAUUUGAAUGACCUUCGCAGAGUCCACAACCUUUUAGUUUCCUCCUUAGACAAAGUACAGGCUGGAAAAGGUUCUUCCAGUCAACUGUAUAGUGAGAGUGCUACCACAAUGGAAAAGUUGGCAGUCCUAAAAGCUUGGGCAGAGGUCUACGUAGUCGCUAUGAAGAUUAAAAAAGAAGCAGAUGCUAAGGUAAAGAAAGUUAAGGACAGUGUAGAGGACGAUGAAGAUGAUUUUCGAGACUCAGAUGUUCUACCACCAGACAGUUUGAUAACAUUAGUACAACCAGAGCUGCCUAUUCUUAGUCGUUUGUGGCUAGCCGCUUUGAAGGAUUAUGCACUUCUGACAUUGCCACCUGAAUUUGCCAGCCAGCUUCCACCAGAUGGAGGUGCUUUCUAUACUCCAGAGACCAUUGAUACAGCUAGACUGCAUUAUCGAAACUCGUGGGCUCCUGUUCUUCAUGCUGUUGCACUCUGGUUAAACAGCACUGAAUUUAGUGUUAAUGAGUCUGUUGAACAAGGCACCACAGGAACUGUGCAGAGAGGGGCAGCAGUUAUCCUUAGCCAACAGUCAGGCACACCAUCUCCUGUCAAAUCAGCUGAAGAAAUCAUACGAGAUAGACUGCAUCUGAUUUUAGGUGUCAGCAUUGAGUUUCUGUGUUCUCCCAGACCUGAAGAGCCUAUAGAACAUGUUACAUCCUGUUUACAAGCUCUACAUACCUUGUUGGAAUCCCCAUGUGCCAGAAGUCAUAUUGCUGAAGAUCAGAUUCUUGGUGUUGAACUACUCAAUGUUCUUCAUCGACUUUUGCUGACUUGCAGUCCUCCAUCAGUGCAACUACUGGUCACCAGUGUUGUUCAGCAAACAAUACGAGCUGCUCAAGAUCAUCUGCAAGAGAAAAGGAGGAAGAAGAGCGAUGAUGAUGCUUCCGAAAAAGAUUCUGGAUCUCUGAUUGGUGAAGGUGGAGAAACUGGAGGUUUUGUUCCUGGGAAAUCCCUUGUUUUUGCAGCUAUGGAGUUGUUAAUGUUUCUCCUAGUACAACACUUUCCACAGCUCAACACUAAAGUAAUGGACUCUCCAUCCCAUGUGCUCAGCAAAUCACAGAGACUUUCGGAAGAGAGUGCUCGCCUUGUGGCAUCUACCAUUCAAAUCCUGGCUGACCUACCUUCUCUUUGUUCACCUGCUGGAUGCAUGACAGUAUUACCCACAAUGCUUUAUCUUAUCACUGGCGUGCUAAAAGAGACUGCAGUAAAAUCUGUGGAUAAUCAAGUUGCAACACCAGUCAGUGCAGCACUGCAGAGCAUCAAAACAAUUUUGCUGUCACCUGUGGCUAAGACUGAGAAAACCCAGCAACGAUGGACAAACCUUGUACGCAGCACAUUGGCAUCUGUCCUAGAAUAUUCUCAGCCAGAUGAAACAAAAUCUGACAUGGAUGAAGUGAGCAUGCUGACAGCCAUCACUCUUUUUCUUCUGUCAGGAAGUGCUGAAAUUGUGGGUGUUCAAUCAUUGCAAAAUGGCUGCAUAAAAAGAUUUAAGAAUGCUCUCAACUCCAGCGACCCUUGGGUUCAAGCUAAAUGUUAUCAGCUUACACUUUCUGUGUUUCAACAUUCCAAUCGAGGUCUUUCAACACCUUAUAUCCAUUCUCUGGCUCCAUCAAUGGUAGAAAAACUGAAAGCGGUGGAACGGAAAAGACCAGCUACAAGUGUUGAGCUGUUAGCUGUACAAGAAGGAAUUAAAGUUCUUGAAACAUUGGUAUCCAUGGGAGAGGACCAAAAUAGAGUUCAGCUACUUGCUUUACUAGUUCCUACAUUGAUUUCCUACCUAUUAGAUGAAAAUGCUUUCUCAUCAGAGCCUGCAGCCUCAAAGGACCUUCAUGAGUUUGCACUCCAGAACUUAAUGCGCAUUGGCCCACUUUAUCCAAAUGCCUUCAAGACAGUCAUGGGAGCUGCCCCUGAGUUAAAAACCCGUCUAGAGACUGCAAUCCGAGUUAAUCAAGCCAGCAAUAAGGCUAAGGCAGCUGCCAGACAACAACAGCCAGCAGUGCAAGCAGCCCCUACUAUUAAACUCAAAACCAACUUCUUUUAAACUACUUUUUACAAGUCUUAAAUGUUCAAUGGAAACUGAAAUUCUUAAAACAUGAACCAUUACUACAACAUUCCUCCUUCUCUACCAUCCACCAAGUUCUGUGGAAUUUUAAUUACUGUCUAAUUAUUGUGAUGUAUAAAACACUGAUUAUAUUUACUUUGUGCUACAAACUCUUCUUACCUGUAUAAAUCUGCAGCAGCUGGAAAAAAAACGUGUAUUGUGACAAACAGUUUGUGAAUAAAUGUAGCACAGGCUGUGGCUUGUAUGCUACAUUACUGUUUA